AAGUGCGCCCUGGCGCUCGGCGGGCCGGGGUCCUGCGCAGCGGCUGCGGAUUGCGAGGCGGCCAUGCGGCCGGUCUGGCGGCUCGGGGACACUGCUGCGCUGCUGCUGCUGCUGGCCGCCCACGCGGUGGCGGCGUUCGACCCCCUCAGCGUGGGCAUCGCCAUCGGGGCCGCGUCGGCCCUCACGGGAUACCUGUCCUACCGGGACCUGUACUGCCGCUUCGCCGAGUGCUGCCGCGAGGAGCAGCCGCUCAACGCCUCGGCCCUCAAGUUGGAUUUGAAGGAGAAGCUGUUUGGACAGCAUCUGGCCACGGAAGUGAUUCUCAAGGCGCUGACUGGCUUCAAGAACAACAAAAAUCCCAAGAAACCACUGACCUUGUCCUUGCAUGGCUGGGCUGGUACAGGCAAGAAUUUUGCCAGUCAAAUUGUGGCUGAAAAUCUUCACCCAAAAGGCCUGAAGAGCAACUUUGUCCACCUGUUUGUAUCAACUCUGCACUUCCCUCAUGAGCAGAAGAUAAAACUGUACCAGGAGCAGCUACAGAAGUGGAUUCGGGGAAACGUGAGCGCGUGUGCCAGCUCGGUUUUCAUAUUUGACGAGAUGGAUAAGCUGCACCCCGGGAUCAUUGACGCGAUCAAGCCCUUUCUAGACUACUACGAGCAGGUGGAUGGAGUGUCCUACUGCAAAGCCAUCUUCAUCUUUCUCAGCAAUGCAGGUGGGGACCUCAUAACUAAGACGGCGCUGGACUUCUGGCGGGCGGGAAGAAAGAGGGAAGACAUCCAGCUGAAGGACCUGGAACCUGUGCUGUCUGUGGGAGUCUUCAACAAUAAACACAGUGGCCUGUGGCGCAGCGGACUGAUAGACAGAAACCUCAUUGACUACUUCAUCCCCUUCCUGCCCUUGGAGUACAGACACGUGAAGAUGUGCGUGAGGGCAGAGAUGCGGGCCCGUGGUGCUGCUGUAGAUGAAGACGUUGUCACCAGGGUGGCAGAGGAAAUGACGUUUUUCCCCAAAGAUGAGAAAAUCUACUCAGACAAGGGCUGCAAGACCGUGCAGUCCCGGCUAGAUUUCCACUGAGCGCUCACCCACACCUGGGCGUUACCCUUCAGAAGCACUUUGAUGACCUCUUCAGGGUUCUGCACUUUUGCAACUGUGAACUCGGGAUCUAGAAGUUUCUAAGAGUCGACUAUUGAAAUGACACUAAUAUGUCGUGCGUGCUGCAUGGUGGCAGUGCAGCUGUUGCCUGCAGUCGAACAUGAGCAUUUAAAAUCCUCAUGCACUGUUACUAAGCUUCACAGAAGUGCCUGCAAACAGCUGCGUGUGAGGUAGAGGGUCACUGGUGACCCAUGGCCUGGCCUUCAGACCCAGUGCUGGGACUGAGGGGCUCAGGGGCCCUGCCACAGUUGGGAGCAUCAUGUUUUCAUGUGCCAGAAUCGUCCCGCUCUGCCUUUUCUUUGCAUGGAGAGCAUUCACGGACUGGCACUAUUUUUAGUUGACAUUGGUGGCACCUGGAGGUACAGAUGGUGACCGUGAGGAGGAUGUGGUGCUGCACGGCGACCACCCUUGUCCUGGGCUGGACUGUCAUCAUGAGGGAGGGGGUUCCCACCCAGGUCCUGCAAGCGGACCAGGACCCAGAGCCCCUCAGGUCUGGCCUGGCCAUGGAGUCCCACCUCCCCCUUGGUGAGCCUGCCAGCACCCUACACUGCAUCCAGGUUUCCCCUCAGCUGCAUCAUCACUAGUCACCAGAACAAGACUGCUGCUUUGAAACCGCGCCCUUGUUCCAUCGUGCUACAUUUGCCUGUCAUGUCACACGUGGUCACAUGCCGUUUGGCAGAACGGGCUGGGUCCCUGGGCUGCAGUGGGCUGUGCGGAGUCUGAUUGCAAGGAAGCAAAAUGCUUGCCUUCUCGGAGACAGGUAUAUUUUAUGAUGUUUUUACUUUUGAAUCUUAGAGGGUAACACAGAGGAUAUUGCAUAUUUUUAAACCUGGGAAAGACACAAAAUGGAAUCAUUGCUAAUUCUCUUCUCAGGUCCUCUUAAAUAGUGUAGGUUUCUUAUUUUUUGUGCUGGGGAAAAAGCAUGAAUUUUGUUGUUAAGUGCCAGGUACUAUAUGGUCACAGUUAUAGAUCAAAGAAGGUCAUCCAAGUGAUGGCUGGUCUGGGUGUCAUCUGAUGCUGACCUUCUAUGGCAGCCCCAGGCUGGAUGGCUCCAAUCAUUGGGAAAUAAAGAGUUGAAAAUUCCAGCCAGCGUGUCCUGCCUGACCCACAGUUGUGUUGUAAUUGUAGACAUGUCAUUGAAACCGUCAAGUUUUUAUAUGUGUUAAAUGUGCAAGAAUGAAGAUUUUACAACAUGGAAAUGCCUUAUAGGGUAUCACGUGUAGUCUAAAAAUGCCAAGGUGGGCAGGGCACGUGGCUUGGAGGUGGCGUGCUGGCCUAGCAUGCACGAGGCCUGGCUUCCGUACCCAGACCACCAAGUAGAGAAACAAAAGUGAGGCUCCUGAGGUUCAGGACGCGUUCUCCCGUUGGAGCCGAGUUACCUUUCUUUCAUAGCCUUUCGGGCCUGUGGUCAGGAGGAGGCAAGCUUCCUGUUUACAGUGAUGCAAUAAGCUCACACACGUGGCCACCUUUGGACUGCAGCUGCUGAUUUGUAACUGCAAAGGCCCAGCUUCCUGCCUCUUGUGAGAUGUGGACAAGAGUGUGAAUUGACCUCAAUAGAAAGUAAUAAAGCCUAAAUGUUUUGUUGUGA